AUGGACAAAAUUGAAUUAAUAACACAACCCGAGAAAGACUCUGUGUCAGAAUCGCCACAAGAAAGAACAUUGCAAAAAUUAAAAAGUCUUGUCUCUGAAUAUCAGCACUCAAAUGACGAUGAAGAGGAGAAUGAGGCAGAAGAUAAGCAGAAAGAACUUAAAGAAACAGGAAAGGAGGAAAAGGAUGAAAGUGACAGGAAUGGCCAUUCCCAUUCUCAAGGCAAGCAUUCGCAUGAUAACGUGCAUCAAAAUGCUAAGGACGUAAAUGAGGAUUCGGAAAAGACACAAGAGGCGACGACCCAUGAGAAAGAAGAUGAUACUGUGGAAUAUGAUGAUGAUGGGUUUGAGAUUCCACAUGGAAAAAUUCCGCUAGAUGGGCAUUUUUCUACGAGUGAAAUUAAGGAAUUGGUCAAAUUGUCCAAGAUGGAAGGUAUUUUGAAAGAUGACGUUAAUAUUAAGGUACUCGAUUCUAACGAGGAGAUUGGAGACAAGGUAGUCAUAUCAGAAGAAUCAGAUAAAGAUAAACUCGAUAAUGGUGAUAAGGAAGGAAAAGAUGAUGACUCGAAUGGAAACAAAAAAGCGGAGAUGGGUGAGAAGAACAAGAAAGACGAGAAGGAAAGUAAGGACAAAUCUAACUCUAUUGAUCCCAAGGAGAAGGCAAAACAAUAUGGAAAGAAAUCUGCAUCAGAAUAA